AUGACGGAGGAGAUCCUUCGAGACCUCAUAGCGGAGGCCGAGUUCCCUGACUCCGUGGAGUUUCGUAUCCCUGGCCAUCUUGAAAGGCCCUACGACGCUCCGGCUGGGUGGAUGUGCGUUUACGAGUGUAUGUUCACCGAAUUUGGGAUGAACUUCCCUCUGUCUCCUCUAUUUUUGCAAUUUGCGGCUGAUCGUGGCGUUCCUACGAGUCAACUGACCCACGGCGUGGUUCGCCACAUCGUUUUUACCGAGGCCCUGGCUAGAGCCGCCGGAGUUGUAUUCGACCGCCUCUUUUCGAGCACGUUACUGAUCUCCGGGCUUCGUCGCGAGAGGGAAACUUCAAGCGGUUUCAUACCACGAUGA